CACUACCUCCUCCAGCACAGUUUUUCACCAGAUGUCACAAUACCUACCACCACCCCUCCACCUAUCACCACCACAGAUGAAACUACCACUCCUAGACUUCCUCCUCAGCCCACCUUUAACAAUGUUCUUCCAUCUACCACCAAUUCUUCAGAUGAUAACAUAACUACCAUAGUUCCUCCUCUGGCCAUUCUAAACAAUGUUCCUCCAUCUACCACCACCACCACACUUCCUCCACCUACCAACACAACUCAAGAUUCUUCUACCAGUGAUCCUCCAUCAACCACCACUACCACUACCACCACCACCACCACAUCACCACCCAGCAACAGCACAGUUAUGUCUUCACCAGAUAACAUCAUCACUACUUCAAGUACAAUUAUUCCUCCACUUACCACCACCACCACCACCAACAGUAGCACUUCACCAUCUUUCACCAGCUCCAAUAUUAUUGCUAGUCCUGGCUCAUCCACCACCAAUACUGGAAGAGCUGGAAACAUAAUCUAUAGUACAUGGGGCUUCUUCCUUGGUGGUAUGCUGACUUACCUCAGCAUCAGUGACACCUUUCGAGUUCCUCUCACACGAGCAGUGGACAGCUGGUUUGGGCCCCGCUCCCAUCGCCGCCGCCGCCGCCACACCCAGGACGAAGGUCUCCAGGCCUAUGUGGCCACCACCUUCACUGCCUUUACUAAUGCAAUUGACAAAAUUAAUGCAAUUUUUGAAAAAAUAAAGAAAUCAUAAACCUGUUUGAAAUCAGUCAAUGAAGUUUUGAAGCAACAUCUUUCUGAUGUACAUAGUUUAUUUCAAAGUAACAAAAUAUAUUUGUAUAUAA